AUGACAGCCAGCACACCAGUUGCAGUAGGUUGUGCGGUCGGUAUACCCGUCGGUGUGGGUAUUAUAGUGGCAGUAUUUUUUUGGUUCAACCUGCAAAAAAGGUAUAAGGAGGAGGAAAAAAACGAUAAAGAAUUAGAAAGAGCUAUUUAUGACGAAAGCGGUUUUGUAUCCUUUGACAACUUUGGACCCUUGAGAGAUAGUAAAGAUGAAGAAGCAUUAACUGGUGCUGAGCUGAAAAAUCCGGAUCACACAUCCGGAUCAUCGGAAGGAUCAGCUCAUCCAGAAGAAAAAGGCGAUGGUAAAUCACAAGAUCAAGGGCACCCAUCCCUGGGGAAAAAAAAUAGUAAAUAUUAUGUCCCAGCAUAUCGUAGGAGAAUAAAUCUGCUGCAAGUACGAAAUAAUAGCUAUGGCAAUAACACCAAGCAGAAAUCCAUUGUGGACUUGUCUAGUACGAAUAAUAGCUCUAAUGUUUCAUUAUCAUCGUCCCAACGGCACAUAACAAAGAGACAAAUCAGUGUUUAUGACCAGAUGGUUCCUGUUAUUGCUGAUGAAGGGCUUAACUUCUUUGCAGAUCCCUCGAGUGACACUAAUACUAGUAAUGACCAAAACAAAUCUUCUAUGAGUGAACUUAAGCAUAAUGCUCGCCAAUCUAGUAACGAGAAUCUAAUAAGGAAUUUACAAAACCAGGACUUCGGCUCGUAUUAUCCAAGAAGAGCUUCAUCCUCAUAUUUGAAUGGUAACAUAUCGAAUGCAUCAUUCCAUACAAGAAACUCCUCUAUAACUUCUAUGAAUAAACCAGAUGCACUAGAGGAUGUGUUUGCAACGCCAAAAAGUGCUGUUCUGUCUCAAUUACAGAGCACAUUCGGCAAAGAUGAUGAAGAGUCAGAUGAUUGUCAUUCCGUGAAGGAGAGCAGGCCAGCUGCAACAGACAAAGAGGAUAAGAAUUUAUACAAGUUACAGAAUAACUAUGAUGUGGGCAACAUCAGGGAAAUUACCGAAGAAGAUCAAUACGAAAACGAAUUUACUAAUUAUUCAGAGAGUAAGAGAGAGUUCAUAGAGAGCUUAAGGCCUAAAUAG